GCGCAAAUUAAGUCGGCGGACAUGAGUGAAGACAUGCAACAAGAAGCCGUCGAAGUCGCGCAGGAAGCCAUGGACAAGUACAACAUCGAGAAGGAAAUCGCACACCACAUCAAGAAGGAGUUCGACGCACGAAAGGGCGCGACAUGGCAUUGUAUUGUGGGAAGGAAUUUCGGUAGUUUUGUCACGCAUGAGACCAAGCAUUUCAUAUACUUCUACCUCGGUCAUUGUGCGAUAUUGCUAUUCAAGACGCAAUGAGCACGGCAUUGCACCAAUGUUUCCAGCGUUAGGCGCCUGACUUAUGUAUGUAUGAUACGGCAGUUACACCCAUCUAUACAUUGCAAGGCGCCACCAAAUAUCACGAUUUCGAUCUCCGAGCCAGCGUGACCAGCGAAGUCGGGUGAGAGGGCCGACAGAUGAGCCUCGCGACUCGAUGAGCUUUACCGCGGAACAACAUACCACAGCGGUGACAACUACCCUUGAAUGAGACGCCAGCUCCGCUCAGUGCGACCCCUCGAACCAUCCCGCAAAUCCCGCAUUGAUUCACAAAAUGCUGACCAUGAUAGUCGCAUUUUACGAGCCUGGUAAAUUCGGUUCGUACUCACACGAGACGUAUUCGAUCCCAUCCUCUUCCCUCCACCUUCAUUCUGUCUAUCACCUCACCGUACAUCAU